GAUUUCACUUUCAUUUUCAGACAUCCUGAUGCCUGAUGAUCUCACAAUAAUAACAAAAUUAGCCUACAUUGUUACAUGGUAGCCUGUUGAACUUUUGAUCCUGCAUUGAAAGAAGAAGUGAACGUACAACGAUGGAGGAAAUCUGUGAACAGCUGGACAAAACAUGCCUACAGAUAUUUGAUGUCCUAGAGAGUCUUUAUGAAGCGCAAGGGAAAUUGGAGCAGGUCAUGAAAGAUGGAUUUCUUGGAAUUUCUCGGGCCCGCUACAGCCUGGGAAUGAGUAGAGUCUCGUCUGAUCAGUUUGUGGAUGCGGAUCUAGUCGCCACGCGUACUGUGAUAGUCAAGGACGAAAGUGGUGGACGCGCUACUAAAAGUUUGGCUCACAGUGACUGUGGUGGUGAAAUAUCCAAACCUACAUUUAAACUUCAAGUGAACGCUGUGAGGAUUAAAUCCAAGUCUGACGACUCGGACAGUGAAGAAAUUAGUUCACAACCAAAGGAAGCAGACCAGUCUGAGGGUCUGUUGAGGCAAAGAAAGCGUGAGAAAUCUGAUCAAGAGAAUGAAUCGAAAAAUGACAGUGCACAAGCAAAAAUAAACCCACAUUCCGGAGCUUCGACCUCUAUAGCUGACAAGGGGACUGAUUCGAAGAAGUUUGAUUCCGAGACACAAGAUAACGGCAGCAGUAAGAAAAAUGAGAAACUGUUCAAUCCGGUUAAUCUGUUCGGAGUGCUAGUCCCUCAGCAUCUGAGAAUGUCCCAGAAGAACUUUGAAGAAGCUGUAAGUCUCACCGUCACAAUCGCUGGCUUGAAGAGCGAACUGGAGUGUCUCCGAUCUAGCUACGAUUCUUUCAGAGAAAAGAAAAAGUCUAUGGUGUCUGAGGCAGUGAAUCCCGAGGCUUGACAGAUUGAAGAAGGUUUCUCAAAGAGAUUUUCCAAUUUCGCCGGGUUCUCAUCUGGUGAGGGCUGUCUGGUGGUGCACAGCUGGUUGUGAGCCCGAACUUUAUGUGAACGUUUGGAAGUCAAACUUGUAAUGGGUCCAACGUAUUUAUAUUCUUCGUGGAACUUUUUUUUCCCUCCCAGUGAUUUCUUGUAUGAGGGCAAUGAUUUUGCCGUGGAAAUACUUUCAUGAUGCUUAUCAGAUCGUCACCUCAGAACUUUUUUGUCCAAAGUGCCUCUUUAUUUAAGAACGCUUUGGACAAAAUAGUUCUGAGACGAAGAAAUGUUGAACUGCACCCGGGACAAAAAAAAAAGCAAAAAAAUGUUUAAAAGACAAAAUAGUGUUGAUCGAACUGGCUGUACGACUCAGCACAUGUCACGACAACAAAAGAGAUCUACAACAACUGCUUUGUAUUCCAGUUCCAUUCCAGCUUCUAUAAAUAGAUACAUUUCUCUUUCGGCAUUAAUGUUGAAAUCUUUCACUACCUUUGUGAUGUUAUGGUCUGUGCAAGUUUGUUGUUGAAGGUUUUAUGCAAAUCUUCAGCUUGCUAACUUUUUCAAAACCCAAUCAGAGGUGCACUUUUUUUAAAAUGUAAGUGUUUUUUACAGCCACAUCAACAAAAUUUAGAUCAUCUAGGAGGCGGGCUUCCGACCCUGUCUGUCAGGACCGACCCGGGCUGAGAGGGAUACAGCAUCCAAGUAGAAAGAACCAGAAACUCAAAAAAAAAAUUUAUCCCCACUGGAGAAUUUAAGUCAGGUCUCCUGAGGGCAACAGCGAAGCACCUAAGCUACACCACAUGGCAGAUGUAGGUACGGAUACCUUACGUUAUAACAAUAACAUCAGGUUACAUAACAAUGAGCAACAUUACGUUGAGUGGGACUAAUUUUGGUGUAACGUAUAUUAUAUUGUAAUUAAUUUAAUCAGAACAUAUACAGCUCAACUUCCACCUGAACAGAAUAAAUCUGGAACUUC